AUGGCUCCCAUUUUGGGGGGAUCCCUUGACGUGAACGGUUCCCAUUUUGGGGGUACCCCCCGAAUCGGGUCUGGGGUCCCUGCCCUGACCCCGCCGUGCCGUUUAACCCCCGCAGUGCCGUGCGGGACCCCGGUGCACCGGCGCGUGGUGGGGGGCUCGGGGGCGCAGGAGGGGCAGUGGCCCUGGACGGUCAGCGUGGCCUUCAGGGGGCGCCACGUCUGCGGGGGAGCCCUGAUCGCCCCCGCCUGGGUGCUGACGGCUGCACACUGCUUCCCGCCGGAGAACCCCCUCCCCGAGUACCGGGUCACGCUGGGGGUGCUGCAGCUCCUGUCCCCCCCCCCCGACGCCCAGGUGAGGGGCGUGGCCUCCGUCGCGCGCCACCCGGCCUACCGCGACUAUCGCGACAGCGACCCCCAGCGGCGGCGGCGGAGACGUGACGUCAUCGGGGGUGACGUCACCGGGGGCGACGACAUGGCCGGGGACCUGGCGCUGGCCCGGCUGGACCCCCCCGCCAGCCCCUCGCGGUUGGUACGGCCCGUGUGCGUGCCCGCGGCCGGAGUGACCUUUGACCCCGGCAUGAACUGCACCGUCACCGGGUGGGGACACGUCCGGACGGCCGUGCCGCUGGCGCCGCCCAAGGCGCUGCAGCAGCUGGAGGUGCCGCUGCUGAGCCGGCGGCUGUGCCGGUGCCUGUACGCGCUGGGGACACCGGGGACACCGCUGGGGACACCGCUGGGGACACCGGGGACACCGGGCACGGAGCUGGGGACACCCGCGGGGGACACGCUGUGCGCCGGCCUGCCCCGGGGACAGCGCGACGCCUGCCAGGGUGACUCUGGCGGUCCCCUCAGCUGCCGCCUGGGUGGCACCUGGCACCUGGCGGGCGUGGUGAGUUGGGGCGAUGCCUGCGGCCUGCCCGGCCGCCCCGGCGUCUACACGGCCGUGUCCCCUCACCUGCCCUGGAUCCUGUCCCUCGUCCCCGAGCUGGCCCCGCGACGGCCACCCCCUGACCCCGGUGUCCCCAAUGUCCCCGAGGAUGUCCCCAAGGAUGUCCCCGAGGGUCCCUGGGACAUUGGGGACAUUGGGGACAUUGGGGACACGGCGGUGGCACCGGGGGGCGCUCGGGCGCUGCGGCUGGCGGCGCUGGGGGCGGCCCUGCUCUGGGCUUUGGGGUGA